CAAAAUUCACAAAAUACAAACCGAUUCUAACCUAACCUAUUUACGUAUAUAAAAAGAAAAUGAUGUGAGCAUUUUAAAAACAAAACAAUCACUUCCGUUUUGUUUUUUUUUAACAAUAAAUUUAUUUUGGCGGCAAACCGAUAAAAAAUCGAUUCUGUAACCGUAAGUUAAACGUGCAAAUUACUUUCGAUAAAUUAAAAUUUUAAUACGAACACUUAAACAAUGUCUACGCCUAUGAAACGUAGUAAGAAAUCAAAGUUCAUCCUGGAAGAUAUAGAAGAUUUAUUAGAUGGAUCAAACUUUAUAAAGGAACCAUCUAAGACAAAGAAGCCAUUGAAACGGGAACAUGCACAGAAUGAAGAAGAAAUUCCUGUAUCAGGCAGAAAAUAUCAAACCACAAGCAAAAAGAACCAGCAAUUAAAUGGGGACAUGUGCAAAGAAGUGAAAGGGAAGGUACUUGAAGCAAUGGAGAAGCAAGCAGAUAUCAGGAAGGAAAUAAACGCCAACUUGCUGAACAGUUUGUCCGAGGUCAUGACAGAAAUGAAUGAAGACUAUCUUGCAUUGAAAAGUAACCAGAGCAAGCUGCAGCAGCUAUCCACAGCCCUUGUGAAAUGCAUCUCGCAAGCCACUGCAGCGCAAGAACAAAAAUAUAAAUCUUUGAAUGAAAUUCUAGUAACCUUCAAGAAGCAGUGUGAACAAAUGGAAACUGAUCAGAAGCUUCAGGCAAAUAAACUUUCUAAUGAAUUAGAACAAGAUAUAGAGGAACUUCGCCAAAAGUUGAUAUCUGAGACCAAGAGAAGUGGCUGGGAAAAUUUGAGGAAGAAAAUUUUUCAAAUGGAAAGUGAUUUUUAAAUAAAAUAUUAAUAAAUAUGUUAUGCAUAAGUACCUAAUUCAUUUUAACAUUAAUUUAUUCUUACUUUAAUAAAGAACUUUUUUCAUUUGG